GGAUUGUCGCACUCAUCGUUCUGUCGUUUGACGUCUAGCCUUGUCCACCUUAAUCACAUCCACGGGUGACUCCACUACCACCGCGGAUUCACGAUCGCUACUACCAGCCUGUUGACUCUGUUUCUUGAGUGACAUCAGUCAGCCUUACUCGGUUCCCGCUAAAUACCAAACCAACCACAACCACAACCACAACCGCAAACAUGGGCAAAGUCGGGCGCUUCGCGUGUAUCCUCACGCCUAUGUGCCUUACCCUCGCAUCCUUAAUAUGCUUCAUCAUCGUCAUGCUAGGGCAGACGCCAUGGUCUGGCAACAACGCACCCGCAACAGCCUUGGGGCGCGAUCUCUACUUCUUCAAGGCAGACACAAGUAAACUAGUCGAGAACCCCGAGAACUUUCUGGACAAGAUACCCGACGGCAUCACACCUGAUGCGGCGAAGAACUUCCUCGACGCCCUCCGAGGCAAGAUGGACUCCAAGGAACUCAAGGACUUCUACCAAGUCGGCCUCUUCUCCUACUGCGAGGGCGAGAAGGAUGCAGAAUCUGGCAAGGAAACCAUCACCUACUGCUCUGCGCGCAAGUUCCAGUUCCACUUUGAUCCCCUCGCCAUCUGGCAGAUGAACGGCACCAACAUCCAGGAGGUCCUCGGCGACAAGUACGACAGCGGCAUGAACGCGUACAAGAAGGCUGCUGGCUGGAUGAACUGGGCUUUUGUCAUUACAAUCACCCUCACGGCUGUCGAGUUUGUCAUUGGUUUCUUUGCCAUCUUCUCGCGAUGGGGUAGCCUUGUUACUACUGUCGUGUCUACCGCACAAACUCUCUUCGCCAUCGCCGCCGCCGGCACCGCGACAGCCAUCUACGGCACCAUAACCGGCGUUUUCAAGACGGUCCUUGAGCCCUACAACAUCGGCGCUUCCAUGGGUAGCCAGAUGCUCUCUGUCCUCUGGCUCGCCGUCGCCUUCUCCAUCGGCUCUGGUUUCUUCUGGCUCAUCAGUGUAUGCUGCUGCAGCGGAAAGAGCAGCCACAAGAAGAUGGUUGUUGAGAAGACACCGUACACAUACGAGAGGGUGGCCUCGCCGGCGUUUGGCCAGCAGGGUCACCAGAUGCAACAGUGGCCUAGCAGCCAGAAGCAGACGCCGCCUUCGGGGCAGCCUACCGCUUAUGAGCCGUUUAGAUCGCGCGUCUAAGUGGUGGAAAGCGUUGGAUGAGUAGGUUGAAGAAGUAUUGUAGGAGUGAAGAUGCUGGUUCUUUGACGACAUGUACGACCAUUUUAUGGGAAUCUUUCUGGGUUACUUGUAUACCCCAUGGCGUUUACUAUAGCAUUUUCGUGAUUUGGCCCGAUGUGGCUUUGGGGUUUGGGUAGCUUUGAUAUACUGAAAUGGAUAACAUCAAAUACCAUUUACAUCAAUAUCAAGUCAAACAUCUUCGUUGUCAGAUUCCCUUUGUAAAGUGUACUGCUAAGUCAUGUUGAAGCAAGGUCGUUUCCCAAACUGUAAUUUCGCUACCUACCUUUCCUGUGAACUCUUCAUCUUCCGGCAAGACAAUACACUGAAUGUGAACAUCUGCAUGUUAGCAUAACUGCAUCACAACUCACAAGAAGCGAGCAUCAUCGUAGUUAAGAACGCAACAAAGCAAGCGCGGAGAAC